AUGCUGCGACAAUUGCUCUUUGCUUGCCUGGCUACCGGUCUUUGCCAUACCCCGUGCAACAACAAGCCAAGCUGCGUCGAGUACCUCCAAGACUGGCUGCAACAGUCUCAAGACACAAAGCAGUCAGCCCAACGGCAUGCACAACUAGCCAGAAAGCCUGGGACGGCGAGAGCUGUAUGGGCAUGGACGCAUCUGGGGGCUGCGGGUGGAGCCAGCAUCAAUUCACACUGGUACAGCCAGAAGGACUGUUUCGUGAAAGCCUUGGAGCUGGAUCCUGAUCAUGCAGAUGCAUGGUCCCACUUGGGUGUUGCGGGGGGUGGCAUGGUGGGCUCCAGAUUUUUCAAUCAGACCGACUGCUUCGUUCAGGUUCUGAAGUUUAAGCAGAAUAGUUCAAGGGCGUGGUCACACUUGGGCACAGCGGGUGGUGGCAAAGUCGGCUCCACUUGGUACACUUGGAAAGACUGCUACGAGAAGUCUCUGGAGCUUGACCCAAACUAUGCAGACACCUGGGCAAAUUUGGGAGCGGCCGGUGGGGGUAAAGUGAGCAACCACCCCUACAGCGAAACGGAGUGCUAUGCAAAGGCGUUGGAGCUCAGUCCCAGAAGCUCGAGUACAUGGUACAACUUGGGUGCAGCAGGGGGUGGAAAGGUGAAAGGCACCACCUUUAGCGCCUGCGACUGCUAUGUGCAGUCCUUGGAGCUUGAUCCCAAAUUUGCCCCAGCAUGGUCCAACCUGGGAAGAUGUGGCGGUCGAAAAGUAAAGGGCAGCUGCGGCGACAGAACCUGCAGCCCGAAGGAUUGCUACGUGACGGCGCUGGAGCUUGAUCCCAAGUAUGCGGAUGCUUGGUCUGCCCUCGGGGACGCCGGGGGAGGCACGGUUGGGUCCACCCAUUACAGCUGGAAAGACUGCAAGGCAAAGGCACGUGCCUGGACCUUGCACCAGGAGGCUGAAACCUGGUACAACUUUGGGCUUCUCGGGAGUGGCUCCAUCGGCAGCAGCCAGUGCAAUGCUCCAGAGCAGUGCUUCGAGAAGGCCACGGAUCUUCUCGACCAAGAGUUGGAUGCUGUCGUGUCACGGCUACCCGUGGGCAGUGCAGAUGACUUGCGGGACAUCGCUAUUUCACUGCUGGGUGAAUCGAAAACCGCGUUCAAGGAUCAAAUGACUGCAGUGUUCAGAGAGUGCCACCCGAGCACGCCAUCAUGCCUGGAUGCACAGGACGAACAGGAUCAGCUUGCAACUGACCUUACUCAGCAGAUGCCACACGUGCCUCCAGAGACGAUUCGUGCAGUCUUGAAGGGAGCGUUGAUUCAGAUGCAAUCCACUAGGAGCAAGCUUACUGAGCUGAACGACGACACACUGCUAAAAGCAAUCUGCGAAGCAGAGAGAUCAUGGAAGCGCCAGCACUACACCCUGACAGCGAGAAAGCUCGCUUCACAGGGCACACUGUCGGGCGAUCCCUGCAGCUCAUUGCCGGGUUCAACAGGACGCCUUUGGGAAGGUGGCCCGACACCAGGACUCAGUGUUGGGGCCACGCAGGCCUUCUUGGCUUUCGCUGCUCUGUCGGCUUUGACGAUGGCUUUCGCAGUAUCUCUCGUGUGGAGGAGACAGUCGACUUCUUUUCGCGUUUUGGUGCCCGAUGACGAGGUUCACAUGCGGGAGGACCAUUUGGUGUCUGUGUUGUGA